UUCGUUGUAGCGCCAGGUGGUACUAGCCAGCAGAUUCGCUAAAUCUCCAUGGGCAACUGCAGCUGCUGCCUGGAGCGGGCGAGGGUGACGGCGUGGGACGACGACGAAGACUGGGGCCUUCCGGCCGAGCGUUCCGGCGGGGCGCGAGGGGUGGUGUCGGCAGGGAACGGCGGCGGCGGCGGCAUGCGGGUGAAGAUCAGGAUGACCAAGGGCCAGCUGCGGCGGCUGCUGGAGAGCGCCGGCCGCGGCGGAGGGGCGUCCGACGAGGACGUCGUGGCGGAGAUCAUGCGCAUGGGCACCGUGCGCGUCGACGUCGCCGAGCUCCGGCACGCGGCGGAGAGGCACCACCGGCCGCCUCCCAAGCUCGAGACGAUACAGGAAGAUGACGGCGAUGAGAGUAGAUGUCUAGAUGAUGUUGCGAACAUAUCGACGUCAUCUAGUGAGAUCGAUCGAGAUCUGUGCGUUUAG